AUGGCGGCACCGAGGCAAAACAACUCUAGUUGCUGGAAGGUCCCGGAGGUUUAUAAACAUCACGAGCAGCAGAAAGUAUGUAUAUCCCGACCCAAAUACAGGGAAGGGAGAAAGGACCGAGCUGUCAAAGUGUACACCAUCAAUUUAGAGUCAUGUUAUGUGAUGAUCCAAGGAGUCCCAGCUAUCGGCGUUAUGAACGAACUGGUCCAGCUAUGUGCCCUGUACGGGGUGGUUCAGGAGUACAGGCCCUUGGAUGAGUACCCUGCGGAGGAGUUCACUGAAGUCUACCUGGUCAAGUUCCAGAGACUGACCAGUGCAAGGACUGCUAAACGGCGCAUGGACGAGACGAGUUUCUACGGUGGUGUGCUGCACGUGUGCUACGCCCCCGAGUAUGAGACGGUGGAAGACACGAGGCUGAAACUGCAGGACCGAAGGAGAUACAUAAUGAAGGCUUUUCAUAAUCGAGUGAGCGAGAAAGAUCGGGAGCAAAUAAAGACCAAGGGGCUCCAACCGGCGGAGAGUCAUCCUGAGAGGACGCACUCGAGACAUCAAUCCACAAGUGUUACCCAGCACAAAGGAGACAGUAGAGAAGGAGCAACGGGAGAGAGUUCGGACGUAAACCAGUAUAUGCUCCCUCCUCUGCCCCCGCCUCCUCAGGAGAAUCCUUAUAACCUCGCUCCCAAUAAGCAAACGGAGGACAAAAUGGGAACUUUACAUAAUGCUAUCACUGAAAACAGUCCCAUGCAAGGACCGGGUUUUAUGGGGGCUUCUUCACAUGGAGACUCACAAGCAGAACAGACAUCGAGUCGGUCAAAUUCUGUUAAGUUUUUACCAAGGAAGGCGCACAUGGAGAGCAGAAAAAGAAACAUGCAUGAGGAAGCAGAGCCGCCACACAACUGCCCCUUGAUCGGACCACAGCUGCCAGAACCACCCAAAGUCGACAUGGAGGAUGACUCACUAAACAGAACCGUCACUCAAAUCAGGAGCACCAUGAAACAGGUGGAAUCUGUGUCUGUCGUCCAGCCACCGCCAAAGAAGAUAAAGCCGCGGCGCAGGAUUUGAGCCCCUUUCGUCUACUGCUUGGAAUAAAGUCACACACUAUUGGAUGAGAUUCAGUGGGGUGUUUUAU